AUGCAGGGAGGCGUCCCUGCCGUGGUGGACACCCGUCUCCAGGCUGGGAGGGGGGAGGACUUCUCUGCGGCGAGGAAGAGGAGGGAGAUCGAUGAGCUGGCCGAGCUCGCAAACCUGGACGAUGACGACUUCAGGCUUCCGAUGGAUCACAGGAUAGAGGACGGCAUGGACUGGAGUGCCACCCAGCGCAUCUCCCUGGCCGAACCCCUCCCGGCCCACAACCUGGGCUACCGCCUGCUAGAGCGCAUGGGCUGGAGGGGGGGCGGCUUGGGGGCGCGGGGCCAGGGCCGCGCGGAGCCCAUCCCCCUGGAAGCCGGGGACAACGGCGUGCGGGCGGGGCUGGGACGCGGCGAGGUAGACUCACAGUACACAAGCGUUUCAAGCCGCCGCGCACUAGAGGUGGAGAUGCAGGCAGACGAGGACGAAGGGCGCCGAAUACGGAGGGAGGCCGAGUCGGAGCGCGUGCAGCUGAUCCGGGAGGAAGUGGUCGACAUCCUGCGCACCUUCUUCUGCGAGAUAUGCAACAAGCAGUACCAGACCGCCAUGCAGCUGGACGAGCACCUUUCCUCCUACGACCACCACCACCGCAAGCGCAUGGCGGAGACGCACGCCAUGCUGGCCGCGCGCGGGAAGAAGGACCGCGACAGGCGGCGAAGGAAGGAGGCCGACAGGGAGCUGGCGGCCCUAACGGAGCACCUGCCCGCGGAGCCACCCCCCGCCCCCACGCCCGGCCUCAGCUUCAAGGCAAAGGGCGCUCUGGGCCGUAAGGCCCUUCCCAAGAAGGCGGUUUUUGGUCCUGACUCCGACUCUGACUAG